AUGCAGUACGGCGGUAGCGGCCUCGGGCUCUUUAUCUCACGCCAACUUGCUGAGCUUCAUGGCGGUCAAAUCGGCGUCUCGUCGCAAGCUGGCGUCGGCAGUACUUUCGGAUUCUACUUGAAAUGCAAACGUAUGAUUGCAAAAAAGCCUACAAUCCCAACGGAUACAGUGAAGCACGCUCUGGAUGCCGAACACGCGACAUCUUCGCGCAAAAUCAGUGCUGCAACCGCAAAUCAGACCUCCACCGCGCCCACAACUGCUACCGGUGUUGAAUCCCCAGUACAAGCGAACAUCGUCCGGCCCAUAGAUCACAAGAAAGGCGAAGAGAAAGACAAUCGACUCCACGUUCUUGUCGUCGAAGACAAUCUGGUCAACCAAAAGGUACUGGUGAAACAGCUCACGAAAGCUGGCUGCGUCACGCAUACCGCCGAUAACGGCGUCUGGGCAUUGAAGCAGCUCGCGAAAACGAAAUUCUGCGUUGCUAAUGGCAUGCCACUCACCAUCGUUCUCAUGGACUGCGAGAUGCCGGAGAUGGACGGCCUCACUUGCUGCAGGAAGAUACGAGAGAUGGAAGAACGGAAAGAGAUCACGAAGCAUGUGCCAAUCAUCGCGGUAACCGCAAAUAUCCGAGGAGGACAGAUGGAUGACGCAAAGGAAGCGGGUAUGGAUGAUGUUGUUGGAAAGCCGUUCAGGAUUCCGGAUCUCUUGGCCAAGAUGAAGGCCUUGUUGAAGAAGCUAGAGGACUAA